AUUUAUAUUUACAGUUCUUGCGGUAGUGCUGGCGCCAUUUGUGGUUUCAUUUUCAACUUCAGCUCUUUGGUUUUCCAUUUUGCAUAGAUUCAAGAUAUGGGUAAGCUUCCUUCUUCUUUUAUUCUUCGUUCAGUUGUUAAUGGUGGAAGCCAUCUUUCUAAUUUCCACUCUUCUUCUUCUAACACCAUAGCUACCCACAUCGAAGCCUUAAGUAAGAAACCCAUGCCUGUUAGAGGAAAGGGAAAAAUAGAUUAUCGCUUCGAUAAUGUUGAUGAUGCUCUGAUUGUUUUCAAUAAGAUGAUAGGCAAGUAUCCAAAGCCUUCAAUUGUGGAAUUUAAUAAAUUAUUAGGAGCCGUUGUUAGGAUGAAACAUUAUGCCAUUGUUGUUUCUAUGUAUAGACAGAUCGAAUUAUUGGGAGUUUCCCACGAUGGUUAUUCUAUGAAUAUCUUGAUUAAUGGCUUUUGUCAAUUAGGUCGAAUUGAUUUUGGGUUGUCUGUUUUGGGGAAAAUGCUGAAAUUAGGUGUUGAACCUAGUGUUGUAACUUUUUCAACUUUGAUUAAUGGGCUUUGUAUUCAAAGUAAGAUUUCUGAGGCCAUUAGUAUAUUCGAUGGAAUGACUGAAAGAGGGUAUCAACUUGAUUUGAUUGUUUACAAUACAAUACUUAAGGGGUUGUGUAAGAUUGGCAAUACUGAUAGAGCUGCUAGGUUUCUAAGGCUGAUGGAAGGCACAGGUUUUGAACCUGAUAUUGUAGCAUAUAAUACCAUCCUUGACUGCCUUUGUAAGAAGGGGCUAUUAAAGGAGGCUCUCAAUCUCUUCUCGGAAAUGAAGGUUAAGGGCAUUAGACCAGAUAUCAUUACUUAUAAUUGCUUAAUUCAUGGUAUGUGUAAUUCGGGCCGGCAGGAGGAGGCAACAAGGCUUUUGAAUGAAAUGGUUGAUAACAAUAUUUCACUUGAUAUUGUCACGUAUACCAUAUUGGUUGAUGCACUGUGCACGGAAGGAAUGAUUUCUAAAGCUGUAGAGAUCGUUGACACAAUGAGAAAGCAAGGCAUUGAACCCAAUGUUGUCACGUAUUCUACAUUGGUUGAUGCACAUUGCAAAGAAGGGAUGGUUUCUAAAGCUGAGGAUAUUGUUGACACAAUGAUAAAACGAGGCAUUGAGCCCGAUGUUAUUACCUAUAGUGCAUUAGUUAAUGGUCAUUGCUUGCAGAAUGAAAUGGAUAAAGCUAGAGGAGUUUUCAACUUGAUGAUUGAGAAGGGUUGUGCACCUGAUAUAGUUACUUACAACACCAUGAUCAAUGGAUAUUGCAAAGGUAAAAGGUUAGACGAAGCAAUGGAACUCUUCCAUGAAAUAUCUCGAAAGGGACCAAUCCUGGAUACUGUCACGUACAGCACUCUCUUGCAGAGUAUGUUUCAGUUAGGGAGAGUUUUAACUGCUUGUGAACUGUUUAGAAAGGUGCUUGCUUCUGGACAAAUUCCAGAUAUAGUGACCUGUUUGAUUUUGCUGAAUGCUUUAUGCAAAACAGGUCAUAUCGAAGAGGCAUUGAAACUUUUUGAAGCAAUGCGAAACAGUGGGUUGGAACUUGAUAUUGUCCCAUAUACUAUCCUAAUUGAUGGGUUUUGCAAAGUUGGGCAUAUCAAGGUUGCAAAAGAAUUAUUUCAUCAACUCUCAAACAAUGGUUUAAAACCGGAUGUUUACACAUAUUGUAUAAUGAUUAAUGGGCUGUGUAAAGAUGGAUUGCCAGAUGAAGCAUACAGGUUGUUUGGGAGCAUGGGAGAUAAUGAUUGUUCGCUUGAUAGUUGCUGUUAUAAUGUAAUGAUUCGGGGGUUCCUUCGAAACAGCUAUACCUCAAAGGCAACGCAACUUCUUACAGAAAUGGUUGGUAAGGGAUUCUGUGCCGAUAUAUUCACUGUCACCUUAUUUAUGGAUCUCAUCUUACACUCUAAUAGAUCAAUCUUGCUCUGAAAUGUUCCACUGCUUUCUCAAUUAAAAAAAAAUCAUGUCCAAUUUGGAAUUUUUUUAAUUUCAACUACUAAACAUAAUAGUAUUAAUGGUAUAAGGAUUAAUUAUGUCUAAAUUAAAAUAUAAAAAUAAAUCUUCAAAUUAAAUAUAUUAUAUAGGCGAAAAUGAUAAUUUAACUAAAGAGUUUUAUAUUUAAGCCUUUAAAUUAAAUUUCUAAAGAUGUGAAUCAAGUAGAAGAGAUGUAUUUUAGAUAUAAAUAUUGAAAGUCUUGACUUGAAUGAAGAGAUGAUUAAAUCUUUUAUUAGAUACCUAUUUAACAUGAAUUUUUUGGGAGGAAAAUGUUGAAACGAGGAGUAAAAAUUUGAUUUGAUAUUCUUAUAUUGAAAUCACAAUUUCAUACGAUCUUUUUCCUCUAAAAAAUGCUAUGAAAUAUUAGAUUUUAAAUUUACAUUAACUAGAAUUCUUUACCUAGCUAUACUCGGGUUUAAAAAUUAUUUUAAAUGUUAUUAAUUAAAAUAAGAUGAGUUUUGUGAGAAUUAUAUGAAAAUAAUAAUCUGACAUUAUAUUAAAUAUGUGAUAAAAUAUCUGUUACAUAAGAUUUUGAAAGUAAUAGAAUUGAAGUUAACAAACUUAAUUAUGAAGAUAUAUUCUAAAUCAAAUAAUUAUGAUAAUUUGCAAAAUUGAGCUCAGGUCUGUUCUUGACAAUUUUGGGGUUAGGUAAAACAAUAAAAUAGAGUUUUAAGUUUUUAAAAUUAAUGAAAAAUUUUUAGGCCCUUAAAGGUUAAAUUUUUUCUUUGGACCUUUAAAAGUUAGUAAAAAAAAAUUUAAACUCCUUAAAAAUUGAAAAAUAAUUUUUAGACCCUUUUUAACUUUGGAUCCUGAACGGUGGCACCUCCAUACACGACUUCAAGGGCAGGCCUGAUUGAACUUAACAAACUUAUCUGUUACUAUUAGAAAUGACUAAAUUAGAUAUACAGGCUAAAUCUGUAAUUUACGUAGAAGAUAAUUUGACUGUUUAAAUUAAUUUACCCAAAUUACGCUCGCAACCCUUUCCCUAAACAGUACUUCGCAAGCCAAAAUUUACACUUCUUGUGGUACUGCCGGCGCCAUUUGUGGUUUCAUUGUCAAGCUCCCAUUUUGCUUACUUUCAAGAUAUGGGUAAGCUUCCUUCUUCUAUUCCUCGUUAUGUUGUGGAAGCCAUCUUUCUAAUUUCCACUCUCUUUAUUCUUCUUCUAACACCAUUGCUGCCCACAUCAUGUCCAUGUCUGUUAGAGGAAAGGGAAAAAAAGAUGAUCGCUCCGAUAAUGUUGAUGAUGCUUUGAUUUUGUUCAAUAAGAUGAUUGAGAAGUACCCAAAGCCUUCAAUUGUGGAAUUCACUAAAUUAUUAGCACCCAUUGUUAGAAUGAAACAUUAUGCCAUUGUUGUUUCCAUGUGUAGCCAGAUGGAAUCAUUAGGCGUUUCCCAUAAUGUUUAUUCUAUGAGCAUCUUGAUUAAUUGCUUUUGUCAACUAGCCCGAAUUGAUUUUGGUUUUUCUGUUUUGGGGAAAAUGCUGAAGUUAGGUGUUGAGCGUACUGUUGUAACUUUUUCGACUUUGAUUAAUGGGCCUUGUAUUCAAAAUAAGGUUUCUGAGGCGGUUAGUAUGCUCGAUGAAAUGACUGAAAGAGGGUAUCAACCAGAUUUUAUUGUUUACAGUACAGUGCUUAAAGGUGUUGUGUAAGAGAGGCAAUCCUGAUAGAUCUGUUAGGUUUCUAAAGCUGAUGGAGGUUUUCAGCCUGAUAUUCUAGCAUAUAAUACUGUCAUUGGCUGUCUUUGUAAGAACGGGAUGUUAAAGGAGACUCUUGAUCUCUUCUCUAAAGUGAAGGUUAAGGGCAUUAGACCAAAUAUCAUUACUUAUAAUUGCUUAAUUCAUGAUAUGUGUAAUUCAGGCCAGCAGGAGGAGGCAACAAGGCUUUUGAAUGAAAUGGUGGAUAUCAAUAUUUCGCUUGAUGUUGUCACAUAUACUAUAUUGAUUGAUGCACUUUGUGAGGAAGGCAUGAUUUCUAAAGCUGUAGAAACUGUUGACAUGAUGAUAAAGGAAGACAUUGAGCUUGAUGUUGUCACGUAUAAUACAUUGGUUGAUGCACAUUGUAAGAAAGGGAUGGUUUCUAAAGCUGAGGAUAUAAUAUUAAAAAUUUAUAUAUAUAUAUAAGAAUACAAAAUUUAAUGCCUUGCAUUUGAGAGAAAAAUUGUUGUAGAAAUUUAUUUAUUGUAAAGAUUAAGUAAAAAUUUAAUAAAAUACAUGUAUGAAUUUUUUUAAAAAUAUCACAUAUUUCUUAAAUAUGAUGUUAGGAAAAUUAUUUCCUUAAAAAAAUUAAUAAAACUACAUGUAUGAUUUUUGGAAUGAUGGGAUUGACGAGAGCAUCAUAUAUGAAAUGGAUACAAGACGAAAUGAAAAUUUGACCGUCUAACAUAAACCAACUCUUUUAUUGUUUCUCCAAUUUUAGAUUAUGGAGCUUAUAGAUUUAUUGAUGAGAAUGCAAGUCUUUCUGGCAGUGCGGCCGUAUGGGUAAGCUUUAUUCUUCUUUCGCUUGUUAAUGGUGGAAGGGGUCUUUCUAUUUUCCACUCUUCCUUUAACACCAGUGCUACCCACACCGAUGUUAAGUAAGAAUUUCACGCUUCGAUAGUGUUGAUGAUGCUUCGAUAGUGCUUUUAGCAUUUUGAUUAAAUGCUUUCUUGUCAAUUAGGCCAAAUUGAUUUUGGGUUUUCUGUUUAGGGUAAAUGCUGAAGUUAGGUCUUCAACAUGAUGCUAUAAAAUUUUCCACUUUGAUUAAUGGAUUUUGUAAUCAAAUUAAAAUUUCUCUUUUAAUUGCUUACAAUACAAUGCUAAUAAAGCUGUUGGUUUUUUAAGUACGAUGAAAGUAAGAGGUUUGGAACCCAAUAUUGUGGUAUUAGCACUGUCAUUGGCUGUCUUCGUUGUUAAAAAGGAUGCUCUUGAUCUCUUAUUUGGAAUUGAAGGUGAAAGGCAUUAGAUUUAUAUUGUUAUUACCAAUUAUGCUUAAUUCAUGGCAUGUGUAAUUGAUCAAAUAUCGUUAUCUACAACAUCAGAAAUCAUCCCUUCCUUCCUUAAUUCUUGGUAUGAGUAAUCACAUUGCAAGAAGGUGAUGAUUUUUGAAGCUUUAGAUACCACUGACACUAUGAACAAGCAAGUCAUUGCAAGGUAUGUUUCUAAAGCUGAGGAUAUUGUUGACACAAUGAUAAAGCGAAAUAUUGAGCAAGUAAGGACUUGAUUUCAUCUUUUUCUUGUAAUGAAGAAAUAGUUAUAGUCCUGUGUUUAUAUGAUCUCAUCUUUCUAUAUAUUUCUGAAAUUGGUUCAAUAUCAUUAUGCAAUUUUUGUUUCGCAUUCAAAUAAAACAUUUCGAUGAUUCUCUUCUAUAAAUUUUCUCAUGGUAUACUGUGCACUGAGAAACACCAUCUUGGAUUUAAGCUAAACAAGGCCUGUCCAUGUCUAUUAGCUGUUUUUGGUUGGGUUUGAGUCUUUCAUUUUGAACAUCUUUUUCAAUCCUUACAAAAUUGUACCUUUGAGGAAUGUUUUAUGGACUUCGUAAUGUGAUAAUGAAAUGAUCCAGGGGUUCUUGAAAGCAGCUAUACCUCAAGGGCAGCACAGCUUCUUCGGUAAAUGGUAUGCAAGGACUUGUCUGCAGAUUUGUUGAUCUCAUCUUAGAUGUUAGAAUCUAAUAAAUCCAUUCUUCUUUUCCUUAUUAUUAACUUCAAAUUUUAUAGUCACAUUGAAUGCAAUUGAAUAUGGAAUUUGGAUUAUCAGUUCAAAAUGUCAAAUGAGUCAGUCUGAAUUAUUUCUUGGUUUUUGAUACAAAGUUGUCUGAUGUGUGUUUUUUAUUACUUCGAUUAACUAGGUUUGAUAGAUUAUUUUAUAGUUAACUUGGAUAUUAUGCGCCAAGGCGGUUCAUAUCCUAUGGGAAAUGUGGCUCAACUCGUCGGGACUGCUCCUAUGUCUACCACCGAUUCCUGCUACUACUUGGUCAGGUAGAAUGGAUUUUGAUCAUGUGUUCAUUCAUAGUUCCUUUUUCCCCCUAAAUUUGAGAUUACUACUCCGAUAUUGUGGGGCACAAACACGAGUGAGGGGGUUAUUGGCUAUAGCACCCGAACGUUACUGUUAUUGUUGUUGUUCUUAGUGGCUAGCCCUCCCGAGCGUUCCAUAAAGUUAGGGAGGGAGGGCAAUAGUCACACAGAGAGUUUAGGGUAGAGUGAGGGGGCUAUUGGCUAUAGCCCCCGAGCAAUACUUCCUUGUUCUAUGGUAAAGUUAACUGUAUUAUAAUCUAACGAGUCUUUUAGUAGCGUUAAGCCUCUCUGAGGGAGGUAUGGAGGGGUAACGUA